AGAAAAAAGAGAGGCUAAACUCCAUACUUGCUGGAAUGCUUAUGCUGAUUAUACAGAACAGUAGGUUGCAAGGUAGCAGCAAUAUGAGUUGAGAGUGAAAUGGCAGAAACUGCAGUAUUGUUUGCCCUGAAGCAAGUACAACUGUCACAACUCCUAAAUGAUGAAACAAAUCUUCUGAGAGGAGUCCAUAAAGGUUUUUCAGACAUCAAAGAUGAACUAGAAAGCAUUCAAGCCUUCCUCAAAGAUGCAGAUAGAAGGGCAACAGAUGAAGCAGACACCAAUGAUGGAAUAAGAACUUGGGUGAAGCAACUCAGAGAAGCAUCUUUUCGCAUAGAAGACGUCGUUGAUGAAUACCUCUGGUUGAUGCACAAGGCACAUCAUCCCAGAUCUACAGCUUUAGUCUGCAUGAUUGCAACCUUAAUACCCCGUCACAGGAUAGCUUCUGAGAUUCAGGACAUUAAAUUGUCAGUUUGUGGAAUCAAGGAAAGAAGUGAAAGGUAUAACUUUCAAGUUUCACAUGAACAAGGAUCAAGCAGGUUUGAUCCUCGAUUGGCAUCCCUUUUCAUUGAAGAAACUGAAAUUGUAGGAUUUGAAUCCCCAAGAGAAGAAUUGAUUGGUUGGUUAUUGGAAGGUGCAGCUGAGCGCACAGUGAUUUCAGUAGUUGGAAUGGGGGGUCUUGGAAAAACCACUCUUGCCAAGUACGUUUUUGAUAGUCAAAAGUUAAGAGGGCACUUUGAUUGUCGUGCUUUCAUCACAGUUUCUCAAUCAUACACUGUGAGAGGGUUAUUGAUAGUCAUGAUGGAGCAGUUUUGUAAAGAGACUAAAGAUCCUUUUCCGCAGAUGUUACGCGAAAUGGAUGAGAAGUCACUAAUUACAGAAGUGAGGCUAUAUCUGCAGAAUAAGAGGUAUUUGAUAUUCUUUGAUGAUGUAUGGCAAGUAGAUUUUUCAGACCAGGUUGAAUUGGCCAUGCCUAAUAACAACAAAGGUAGUAGGAUUGUGAUCACCACUAGAAUGAUGCAUGUCGCAGAGUUUUCCAAGAAAUCCUUUCUUGUUCACGUUCACAACCUUCAACUUUUGCCUCCAAACAAAGCAUGGGAACUCUUCUGCAAGAAGGCAUUUAGAUUUGAGAUUGAUGGGCGUUGUCCAGCAGUGCUUGAGGCUAUGUCAAUUGAAAUUGUUCAAAGAUGCAAGGGGCUACCUCUGGCUAUUGCGGCCAUUGGUGGUCUAUUUUCAACAAAAUCUAAAACCAUCUUUGAAUGGCAGAAAGUGAGUCAAAAUCUGAGCCUGGAGUUGGGGCGAAAUGCCCAUUUAACUAGUCUAACAAAGAUUUUAUCUCUUAGUUAUGAUGACCUGCCUUACUAUUUGAAACCAUGCCUUUUUUAUUUUGGUAUUUAUCCAGAGGACUACUCCAUUAGUCGUAAGAGUUUAACUCAACAAUGGAUAGCUGAAGGGUUUGUUAAUUCUGAGGAAAGAAGAACUACGGAACAAGUUGCAGAGGAGUACUUGUCUGAGUUAAUUCAUAGAAGUCUGGUUCGAGUUUCCAAAGUGUGCUUUGAUGGGAAAGUUAAAAUUUGUCAAGUUCAUGAUUUAUUACAUCAAAUGAUCAUUAGAAAAAUGAAGGAUUUGAGAUUUUGCCAUGUUGUGCAUGAGAAUGAUCAAUCAGUUGCAGUUGGAAUAAAUAGACGCCUAUCUAUUGGGGCUAAUUCCAACCAUUUGUUGAAGAGCACUAGCAACUCACACAUUCGUGCUAUUCAUGUUUUUGAAAAAGGUGGAUUGCUUAAGCCUUUCAUGGGUAGAUUAUCUUCAAAGUGUAGGAUUUUGAAAGUACUCAACUUCGAAGGUACAUCGUUGAAUUAUGUUCCUAAUAAUUUGGGGAAUCUUUUCCACUUGAGGUACAUAAACCUAAAGAAUACAAAAGUACAGGUUCUUCCUAAAUCUAUUGGUAAGCUACAGAACCUAGAGACCUUGGAUAUAAGACAAACCCUCGUGCGUGAGUUACCAAGUGAAAUAAACAAGCUCACAAAGCUGCGACAUCUUCUUGCUUGCCAUCGAAACUACGAAGCUGGUUAUUCUCUUAUGGGCUUUACAACUGGUGUGCAGAUAGAAAAAGGUAUUAAAAACUUGACUUCCCUGCAAAAUCUUUACUAUGUGGAGGUAGAUCAUGGGGGCAUAGACCUCAUCCAAGAGAUGAGAAUGUUAAGACAGUUAAGAAAGCUAGGCAUAAGGAAUGUACGGAGAGAAUAUGGGGAUGCACUAUGUGCUUCAAUGGUAGAGAUGAAACACCUUGAAUUACUUAAUAUCACUGUAAUAGCUGAGGAUGAAUUCAUUGACUUGGACUCUAUAUCAUCCCCUCCCCAACUUCGGCGGCUUCAUUUGAAAGCUAGAUUAGAGAAGUUGCCUGAUUGGAUUCCAAAACUUGAGUAUCUUGUUAAGCUAAGGCUGUGUUUAUCCAUGUUGAAAGAUGAUCCACUAGAAUCACUGAAAAACUUGCCGAAUCUACAGCAGCUCACUGUGUCGGACAAUGCCUAUGAUGCUGAAAUUUUGCAUUUUCAAAAUGAAGGGUUUCCUAAGUUGAAGGUAUUGAAACUCAUUCGUUUGAAUAGAAUAAAUUCCAUUCUUAUAGACAAAGGAGCUUUGCUUUCUCUUCAAGCUUUGAAAUUUGUCAAAAUCCCCCAGUUGAAGAAGGUCCCCUCUGGCAUCAAACCAUUGAAAAAUCUUCAAGUUAUUGACUUCCAUGAUAUGCCAGCUGAAUUUGUUGAGAGCAUUGAUCCUAAAAAAGGGCAAGACUACUUCAUUAUCAAGCAUGUUCCCCUUGUAAUUAUUCGUCGCUGGAUCGGUCCAAGAUAUUUUGACAAUGAAAUCCAAACUAUUCACUCGUCCUCUUCAGAGUCAUAAACAUAUUGACAAUGCUUUGGUGUCAAGCAAUCUUUAAAAUAUAUGAAGGUUGUGGGAGUUGCUCUUUCAAGCUUGUAAUCAAGACUUCUUCAUUUGAAUGGAUAUUUUCAUUUUCCUAAUGUAGACAAAUGUAAUUUCUUUGUUGUAACUGUAUUUGUUGCUUGCCAAUCAUGUUGUCUAUGUUGUAAAUUUUAGGUUGCCUCCUUUUGGUUUUCGGAGGCAAAUGC